UUCUGAAAAAAAUUAGAAAGCCGAGUAAAGUGCUGGAAUUUAAAGAGCAGGUUAGGAUCGCUCAUUUGUCAUCAGCUGAUCGGACACUCGGCAGUCGGCAUCUGCUUGUAUCGACAUGUUCGUUCAGACUCCGAUCGUAUCCAGUCGAGUAGUUCUGUGAUAUAUAUCUCGCGAUAGCCGUAACAAUUACUCGUGCCGAUGAUGGACCCAUCGAAGGAUGAGGUACAGACGGAGGGAGGUCUGAUUGAAAAUCUAUCCACGGAACAGAACUCGAGAUGCGAGUCACCGAAACGCGGCACCACGCUUUCCACCAGCACUAGCAGUUUCGAGGCAUUGGACCCGCACGAUCCAAACCUGAGUCGUUUGGCGAACACAAUGUUCCAGAAGACGGGUGAAUACCUGCAGGAGGAGCUCACAGCUACCCACGCAGACUAUCGGCUGCUGGAGCGUCUAAACAAGGAGACCAUCGCAAAGUACACGGAACUGAAGAUUAUCUCGUCGAACAUAGUGCAGUCGUUGGACUCGCUGAAUGACAAGUAUAAGAAGCUACAACCAAUCCUGGAUAAUAUCAAUCAGAUUGAUGACAGUGUCAGCAAAUUGGAGCAAGCUGCAUACAAGCUAGCGGCAUAUUCCAAGCGACUUGAAGCCAAGUUUAAGGAUCUUGAAAAGGAUACGAAAAACAAGUGAAAUUAUAAUUAUGAAUAUAUAAAUCAUUGUAUGUACCUUUAUGUAAUUAUCCUAUA